CAAACAAGAUGGCGACCGACAGGGCUGGUGUAAAAGAGAAGGCAGGAAUAGGGCCCGUAAAAGUCGGAUAUUACGAAAUGGAACGAACUAUCGGCAAGGGAAAUUUUGCAGUUGUGAAGUUGGCAACACACAAUGUUACAAAAACGAAGGUUGCUAUUAAAAUUGUAGACAAGACUCAACUAGAUGAGGAUAAUCUAGGUAAAAUAUACAGAGAGAUAGAGAUAAUGAAACUGUUGAGGCACCCACACAUUAUCAGACUGUAUCAGGUUAUGCAGUCAGAAAGGAUGUUAUAUUUAGUCACGGAGUAUGCAAGCGGUGGUGAAAUCUUUGAUCACUUAGUAGCACAUGGAAGAAUGAACGAGCGAGAAGCCAGAAAAAAGUUCCAGCAGAUUGUCUCUGCCGUGGCCUACUGCCACAGUCGUGGCAUUGUUCACAGAGACCUCAAGGCUGAGAACCUGCUGCUGGAUGCCAACCUCAACAUUAAAAUUGCUGAUUUUGGCUUCAGUAAUUUCUUUGCCCCCAACUCUCCACUGAAGACCUGGUGUGGGAGUCCCCCUUAUGCGGCCCCAGAACUGUUUGAAGGUGUGGAAUACGACGCUCCUAAAGUGGAUGUAUGGAGUUUGGGUGUAGUGUUGUAUGUUUUAGUGUGCGGCGCCCUUCCUUUUGAUGGCAGUACAUUACAAAGUUUAAGGAACAGAGUUCUAGCAGGCAAAUACAGGGUACCUUUCUACAUGACAAGAGACUGUGAGAACCUGAUCAGCAACAUGCUGGUGGUGGAGUCAGCCAGGAGGUACACCAUCUCACAGAUAGUCAAACACACCUGGAUGCAUGCGGGCUCAGAGGACCUGGACAACGACGAGCUACUCCUUGACCAGGGGGAGGACGACAACUCUCUGUCCGUGGACUCGGACCUCGGCCAGCAGAUCCUCACCCACAUGGCUAGCCUAGGCCUGGACAUUGAUUCCACUGUCAAGUCUGUAGAAUCCAAUAGCUUUGACAACCUAAGUGCCAUUUAUCACCUACUUGCUGACAAAUUCCGGAAGCAUCCGCGAGCGAUGGUGUCUCGGAACAGUCCAGCUUCAACCACGCCACUCCCCCUAGUGACUAGAACAGAACGCAGAUCAAGCAUAACAACAGGCAUUGUUGAAAGGGUGGAGGUCCCUCUGGAAAUACACAGUCCUGAGAUACCCAUUCAGUCUUCAGCUUCCACAUCGCCUUCAUCAUCUUCAUCAUCGUUAGCACUCUCAUCUCACCUCAGUGCUUUAGCAGCAUUCCGCAGCCAGUAUGCUCAGCUUGAAGACAGCAACCAAUCAGAUUCAGACGAGGAACCAUCCCCCGAGGCUUUGGCCAGGUACCUGGCUAUGAGAAGGCACACAGUUGGGGUUGGUGACCCUCGUCACGAGGUCACAGAUGACCUUAGGGUCAAGCUCCCUCCUUACUACCCCUUGAUGCCGCAGCAGUUGGUUGCUCCCUUACCCCCUCCACCUGAUGUCAAUUUACCUGAGUCCCAUGGCCACCCUAUCAUGUCGACAUGGACACACAACCCUCAUGUGAUGACCACUAACUACAUGCCCAUAGCAGGGGAUCCACAUUUGUUGAGACCACCAAUCAACUUUGCCUCGUCUUUGCUGGGUCGCAGGGCCUCUGACGGUGGGGCCAACAUCCACCUGUUCUCACACUUCCAGCGCCAGUUCUAUGCCAACAGUCAGCCAGGUAGUCAUGAAGGACUCCCUCACAUGCCCCAGUCCCUGUCCCCCACUGGAAUCCCACUCCCCACCCCAUCCCUACACAACAGCGUGACUGUGGAAGAAGCAGAGGAGCAGGAGCCAGAUUUAGAUGCCCUCAAUGACUACCUCCAUGGGCGCGGCAUCAAACAGAGACACACCCUGGCCAUGGUCAGCCCUGAGGAACUCCAACAGAAACUUUCCCUGCACCAGCCAGUCCGCAGUCGUAGAUCAUCUGGUCUCAUGUCCCCAUCUGAAAGAAGUUCUCAUCGCGAUUCCUUUAAAGACGUCAAUGCUCUCCACCUGGCCAAUGAAAGAUUUUCACCUGUACGGCGAGCCAGUGAUGGGUUGGCUAUCUCAGGGAAAAAUCAGGCAUACCUGGAGAAUUUGUUCAACCAAAGCCUUGGUACCCAGCAUAGUUCACACAGCAGUUUAAAACAGCUGCAGUUGGAGUGUCAUGAAUUACAGAAACAAUCAGGAUCUGUGGCAGCAGACAAACAGGCAGAGCUCCAACAACAGCACACACUCCACCUCCUGCAACAGCAGAAUUUACAGAGUACAAUAUGUGUCUCCCCCACCCCCUCCCCUCCACCUUCAGCCUUUGUCAGCUCCAGGCCGCUCUCACCUGAUGUCCAGUCUGCGUUGUUGUACCAACAGCUCCAGCAGCUACAGCUUCACCAAAUGGCGUCCGGUGGAUCACCUUCCUCCUCGCCCACCCCUACAGGCCUGCAGAGGGCGUCGCCUCCCCUCCUCUCAGGGGGGAUAACCUCAGGCAUUCCAAUCACACGGGUCCCUCCUAGUCGAGGCAUUGUGUCCGGAUUACCCCACCAAAUAGGGGGAAUAUCUUGCGGUAUUCCCCAUCAGAUGGGAGGCUACACCAAACCCAUGGGGGGAGGGAUAACAUCUGGCCUGCCCGUGGUCUCCAGCCCUGGACCUCCCCCCAACACUGGAUGUCCUCAAUCAGCUUCAACACCCCCGGGGAGCUUGACCUCCGGCCGACCUGUCACCUCCAGAGGCUCCUCCCCACAAACACUCCCGCAGUGCGUCAACGCUGAGCCAGGCUCCAUCCCCGCCCUCAGCUUCAGCCAGAUGAUGCAGGGCCUGCAGUCAGGGUCCGACACCCCCCCAGAGAACUUCUCCAAGCUGCUCCAGACUUUACAGAGCCCUGCCCGUCUGCCAACUGGCCCAGCUGUAGCCUCAGGUCAGAGCAGUUACUUGGGGGAUAUUGGCAGUUCUGGUCCCAGCACAGGUCGUCUGAUCCGAAGCUCAGACUCACCCCCACAGAUAGGAGCAGGGAGUGUGGGCUACAGCAACCUGCUGCAGAACUACACACAAACUAUACAGAGGUCAUCGCCUCCCACAAGCUUCCAGAACCUUCAGAUGAUCAGGGAAGAUGCGGCUGAUGCCAUGGACAAUGGUGCUGAAGGUCGUGUUGAUGAUGAUGAAGAGAUGGCUGAAGCUGAUAUUAAAGUGGCUGGUCACCUACCCCUGACCCCAACCUCAUCCUCGGAGCUUGACCAGUACUUUCAAGAGCCCCCCUCACCCGAGCAGAUAGCCCAUAGACUUGAACAACAUAAGAAACGCCGCAGUGCGAAAAAGAGACACUAUAUAGGAAAUCCUCAAAUAAGCAUCACGGACGCGCAGGGUCAUGUGACUGACGUCAUCACCACUGACCCCAGCGACAUGGUGGAGGAGAGGCUGGAGAGUCCCAGGAAUUCACUGACCGGUCACCUGACCCAUGUGGAUGUGUCCAUGUCAAACGCCGGCUCCACCACAGCCUCCCAGCAUUACCACCAACAGCAGCGUCAGCAGAAGCUGAAGCAGCUCUUCAACCCCUCGUGGAUCAACACCAACCUGGCCAGCAUCCCAGGGAGCAGGAGCCCGUCCUCGCCCACCUCCUCCACCUCAUCCUUCAUGCCGUAUGCACCUCCAGCGCUCUCCAGCAGCGCCGUGUCCAGAUCACCUUUGUUUUCUUCCUCAAUCUCACCCUCGGGGUCCGGCUCAGCCAUGCGGCACAGAUCAUCCGCGUCCUGGCUGCGCCGGCACUCCAGCGGCUACCAUCAACAUUCCCACCAUCACCACCACCACCACCACAACACUCCAGUGCAGCAUUCGGAUUCUGCUUGUGACCUGUACAGCCCUACGUCUUACUAUUCUUACAUGAUGGGGUACAGCCAGUCCAGGGACCCUUACAGUCCGCUGUGUUUGAUAGGUGGCCACAAGCACUACGCUAGCAGUUAUAAAACAAUGCCCAUCCCCCUGCUGUCAGGACGGACUGUUUCACCCACCUGUUUUAUAGCAGACCCCUAUGGUGAGGGCAGCAGGACAGGCCCGGAGGAUCCUUCAUUUCCCUGUGAACAUUCCAUGACCAUUCUGCCACAUUCCUCUCCGUCAUCAAAGGUGUGCUCCCCUGCGACCUCACCUGUGCCAACGAUCACAUCCUCGCCCCCCUCACCCUCACACAUGCCACCCAGCCCUCACCAGCGGUCAGCGUCACCUCACAACUCCCUCUCCCCCUCACCGUCUCCUCCCCAGAUCACCUCCUCUGUAACAGCUGUAUACUCCUCCUCGCGUCCAUCCUCCCCACUUUUUCCCUCCGUCGGAGCCUCCCCCUCCUCGUCCUCCCCAACCUACGGCUGCUACUCCCCUGCCACAUCCCCGUUCCCCACCCCCACCAACACACCCCGUCCUUCCAUAUGUAACACAGACUCAGGACAUUCAGAAAUGGAGCAGGACAUCUCCCCCCACAGUGCAGACAACAUGUCCUCCAUCCUCCUGGAGAUCAAGACGACCCAGCGUAAAAGUGUGGAGGACGUGCUCCAGGCCGUCAAGGCCGCACUGGACUCUAUCUGCCCCCAGGUGGACUACCAGUGUUCCGACACCUCCUUCAAACUCAACGGUCACAGCGACCUGCAGAUGGAGCUGGAAGUCUGCAGCGGGAUGGACGGCCACGUGCCUGGCCUGCAAGUGCGCAAGUUAUCUGGCAACAACUUGGAGUAUGCCAAGUUGUGCAAUCACCUAAUGGCCUGUGUCAAUAAUUGAAUUCUGUUGAAGACUAGGAUUAGCUUGUUGAUAAACAAAGACGAUUUGUUAUUCUUUCCUGACAGUUACAAUCUUGACUUGCAUGGGUGAUAGGUUCCUCCAACGUCAAGUGUAUUUCACGCCUGGGUCUCUACUCUUGGAGGUUUGUUUAUAAACAUCUUCGUUACUACUCAUGGAUUAGAAGAACCAUUCAUGAUCAUCAGAUGACCAUCAUCAGAUGACCAUCUGUUUUUAUUUAUUUGGCCAUAUGAACCAAAGAUGUCAACACUAGAUACCUUAAGUAGCUUGUCAUAACUAGACUCCUUUUUUUACACAGUGUAGCACAUACAGAACAAGCUUAGUUUAUCAACUGUUAGCAAGAUUUGAGUUGUAUCAAUUUCAAAUCUAGAGCUAAAUCCAUCAACUGUUAGCAAGACCUAAGUCUUAUCAACUUUAAUCUACAGCUAAAUCUAUCAACUUUCAUUGAGCUAAAUCUAUCAACUUUUACUUUUGAGAAAACUGAGGCUCUUACAGUAAAUCAAAAGUUGGUGUUUUUUUGUUGGCUGUUGGUGUGAUGUGUGGUUAAUUUUCUGUAGGCUGUCCUCAGAUUUUAUUUUGUGAUUCUAUGGGGGUUUAUCUUAACAUGAGAGAAAUAUCUUUGACUUGACUAGUAGUGGGUUAAUUCUUGACUCUCUAGGAUUAGGAUACAAGUUGACUACUUCAGGGAAAAAAUUAUAUAUGCAGCUGGUAUAGAGGAUUUGUUUUGUUUUUAAAAUUGGUAAUAAAUUAUAGUAUUUGUGACUAAUAGUACUAAUACAAUUAUUUACUUUAAAAAAAAAAUUCUGGGGGCUGGCAUGUGAUGCUUAACUAGGUGAUUGGCUGUGGUCAGUUGAAUGUGUUGGUCUGGCACAUUUUUAUUGCCUUACAUAACUAGGUCUUACUGGAUUAUAUUCUUGUGUCAUGCUUGAUGUUAUUGUCUGAUAGAGGUCAGGGCCUUAGAUUUAGGUACAUGUUGGCCUACAGUGUCUCUCCUGGUCACAUCAUCUGAUGAUGUCAGCCCCAACACAUUUGGCCAGCCCUCUGUAAAUUGUCCAGAAUGUAAGUUGACACCUCUCUGGUAGAUGGUAACUGACCACACCCUUUGAUGAUGUGAGCUAACACAUUUGGCCAGCAGUGUGUAAAUUGUAAGUUGACACCUCUCUGGUAGAUGGUAACUGACCACACCCUUUGAUGAUGUGAGCUAACACAUUUGGCCAGCAGUGUGUAAAUUGUAAGUUGACACCUCUCUGGUAGAUGGUAACUGACCACACCCUUUGAUGAUGUGAGCUAACACAUUUGGCCAGCAGUGUGUAAAUUGUAAGUUGACACCUCUCUGGUAGAUGGUAACUGACCACACCCUCUGAUGUGAGCUAACACAUUUGGCCAGCAGUGUGUAAAUUGUAAGUUGACACCUCUCUGGUAGAUGGUAACUGACCACACCCUCUGAUGUGAGCUAACACAUUUGGCCAGCAGUGUGUAAAUUGUAAGUUGACACCUCUCUGGUAGAUGGUAACUGACCACACCCUCUGAUGUGAGCUAACACAUUUGGCCAGCAGUGUGUAAAUUGUAAGUUGACACCUCUCUGGUAGAUGGUAACUGACCACACCCUCUGAUGUGAGCUAACACAUUUGGCCAGCAGUGUGUAAAUUGUAAGUUGACACCUCUCUGGUAGAUGGUAACUGACCACACCCUCUGAUGUGAGCUAACACAUUUGGCCAGCAGUGUGUAAAUUGUAAGUUGACACCUCUCUGGUAGAUGGUAACUGAAGGAAUGCUGUGGUCAAACAACUGAAGGAAUGCUGUGGUCAAACAACUGAAGGAAUGCUGUGGUCAAACAACUGAAGGAAUGCUGUGGUCAAACAACUGAAGGAAUGCUGUGGUCAAACAACUGAAGGAAUGCUGUGGUCAAACAACUGAAGGAAUGCUGUGGUCAAACAACUGAAGGAAUGCUGUGGUCAAACAACUGAAGGAAUGCUGUGGUCAAACAACUGAAGGAAUGCUGUGGUCAAACAACUGAAGGAAUGCUGUGGUCAAACAACUGAAGGAAUGCUGUGGUCAAACAUUGAUUGUUGCUACACUCUUUGUGAUAGACUUUUUACAUAUACUGAACUCUGUGAUUUCACUAUGCUAGUCCAAUCAAGUACUCGUCCCCAACUGUUGAUUCAUACUAGUGAUGGCUACUUUUUAAACUUAUCUAAAGUAACAAAUGAUACGGAAUUGUAGUGAUAAUAUAAGGAGUAUGGAAGUAAUUUUAUUGUAGGAUGUGAUAUGGGGAGAUUUAUCCUAUGAGAUUGUGGUAUUGUGUUAAUCUUGUAAGUUUUAUACUCUUUGUUAAUAUAUCAUAUUUUUUUUUAGAUUUUAAUUGUAACUUUUUGAUUGUACAGGAUCAUAAAGAUCUGAUCAGAACUAGGUGGGUUUUUUAAGAGGGAUACUUACAGUUUGAGCGAGGUGGGUAUUCUAAGAGGGAUAGUUACAGUUGGAUCUAAAAAUGUGCUUGUUAUAGAGAAAAUCAAGUUCAUUGUCAUAAGUAAGAAAUAUAGGUUAGUUUAAAAAACCCAAUUAGCAUAACACAUUUGAUGAACAUAAUACUAGGAUCAUCUUAGAUAUUGAGUGAUUGGCUGUCUACUUAAUUCACACAUGUGGUCCACCUAGGUAAAAAUCUGAGCAUUCCCAUCUCUCUAGUGACCUGUGGUUUACUAUGUCAGUGACACGGUGUCCUUGAACCCUUCGUAGCAGGCAACAUUUGAAUAAUGAAAGCUAGACCCCAGUGGCUUGAUCACAGGAAUGUAUUUCAACUUUCCACACAGCUCUUUUAUACAGGAGAGUUUCAAUUUAUUUGGGUUAGAGAAUAUUUCCUGUCAAUUUUUGUGGCAUCAUUCUCUGCCCAUAGGUCCUUUGUUUGUCCUUGUAGAUUUCAUCUAUACCCAAGAUAGGAUUUUUUUUUGUAACAUUUUUUGCUGGUGGAUCUCCUAGCAACACUGAUCACAUUUGAUAAUUAUUGUAUGCUGUUGAAGGUGAUAGCAUGUUGAAUUGUUUUCUUUGAACUAAGAUUUGUGUUUUGUAAGUACAUUUGACCUGUAGUUCUUGUCUUCUUUAGGCUGGUGAUUUUGUGUUGGUAUAUUCUAGUUGCCGCUGUAUUAUAUUGCUUUAGUCUUAGUCAGUUUUACAAGCAUUCAUUGCAAUGUUGGAGUAAGACUGUAGAAGUGCUAGUUCUUUGUCUGGUUUUGUAGAAUCUGAUAUACAUGUUAGCUUCUAUACCGACGGUUAUUGUAUUCUUUUCUGUGCCUAUAAAUAAAUACCCAUGCUAAAAAAUUAGGUUAUUAAAUUUUAAUUAACUUAAAUUUUAGAAAAAUGUUUUUUUAAAUUUACGAAAUUGGCUUUCUUAGCCGAAUCCUGUUUCUCCCUGACAAUUUACAUUGUGGAUGAAAAGAGCAGCAUGUUUGUUGCAUGUGAGCACUUGUAUUGCAUGUCUGAUUGCAUUCUUUACAUGCUCUGUCCAUUGGUUUAUUUUUUCUGUGCUGAAUGAGACGGCAUUGUUGAUAUACUUACAUACAUUUCGUGAUAAAGGUUUUUAUAAUUCAUGUGGGUGUUUGUGGUGUAGCAAUUGUGCAACCAAAUGUUAAACAGUGUCAGGGGCUUGUCGUCUGAGUUACUGUUCUUGACUUUAAAUUAUAAACAAAAGAUAGUGGGUAAUGUUGCAAUAAUUCAGUUUGGUGUUUUCUAAUGUGUGAGUGAGUUUCUAGACCAAAGAUUAGCUUAACAUCAUGAACUGUGGAAGCAAAUGCUCAAACAAUUCAGAUACUGGUAAACAAAGUUUGUGAUUUUUAUGGGGAAUUUUUCACUAGGCUUAUUAGUUUGCUUUCCUUCACCUUUCACAGUAAACACUGUUUAUGACGUUUGAUUCCUUACAGGAAAAUCAAAACUUUCACUUGUUAACUAGAAUAGUGUAUUUUAAAACAAAUGACAAUCAUGUCCACGGGCUAUGUGCUGUUUAUCAGUAAACUUGUAACAGUUAUUUUUUUAACUUAACAGCUGUUAGAAUUUUGUUUCAAUGGAUGAAAUAUUUUGUGGUUAAAGUUGUUGAUGCCUACACAAGGUAAUGUGUUGAGUGUGUAAAAUUGUGUGUGUUCAAUGUGUAAGAACCUCCACAUCUGAUGGUCCAAUGUCAUCAAAAUCAUGCACAUUUGGUUGAAAUUCUUUUACACACACCUUUAUACUCCUCAAUUAGUAAAAUGUACUUGACUUCUUGACCAAAAAUAAUGAGGUUAUAUAGAUGUACAACUUAAGUCAACACAUGACCCAUUGACACACUUUAUGACCCAGACAUAGCCACACAGUAAUUAGUAACAUAGGAUUGAUUAGUAUCAGGGAAUAUCAGUUGGACUUAGAUUGUAUGCACCAACUGAUUAUUCCUAAUUUAAAAUCCACUGUAUAUUUCCUCUUAUUAUUUACAUAAUUUUUAUUUUCAAAAUGGAUGUAACAUUUUGGGCAGAUUUCUUAAACAUUUUUAACUUUUAUUUUUAUUUGAAAUUUUUAGAUUGAAAAACUCUUAGAUGAUUUUAUUUCUUGUUUUAGCUGUUUUUUUUUUUUACUCUUUAAAUCAUUUUCAAAAUCAUAGUAAUAGAUUUUUUAAAAAGAUACACAAUUUAUAUGCCAAACAGUUUUUAACUUAUUCUAUUUCCUAUGGUAAAUUUGAAAACAAAUUUGUUUCAUUUAUUCUAUGAAUAUCUUAAAUAGAAUUAUUUUGCAAAUACCAAAAACAUUUCUUGAAUAAACUCCAGUUCAGUUAGCUCACAGUAUCUGAAUUCAUCAUUAACCUCACUUUUCUGCCCCACACAUUGAACCCAACAAGCUGUUUUACAUUUCACACAAAAUCUUCCAAUUUUACAACUUGAAGACUCUAGGAGUCAACCCUGCACCUGUUUCAACAUUUGACAGCCACUAAAUUAUUGAGCGCUGUGAAUAAAUACAUUGUUUUUUUGUUUGUUGUUAACUUAUGCCAACUGUAAAAUGAAGCACUUUUUUGUCAUUAUUUAUAUCACAUGAAACACCUCCUUUAUGCUGGAAAUAAAUUCUUAUUGUAAAUGCUCAA